AUGGCGCUUAGCAAGAAGCAACACACAAGCACUGAUCAGCAGGCCGUGCUGGAUGCUCAGCUCCUGCUCUGGCACCACACCAUGGGCUAUGUCAAGUCCAUGGCACUCAAGGCCGCCCUAGACCUCAGCAUCCCCGACGCCGUCCACCAGCACGGCGGCUCAGCCACCCUCCCACAGAUAGUCACCAAGGUCACGCUCCACCCGUCAAAGAUACCAUGCCUGCGACGCCUCAUGCGUGUGCUCACUCUCACCGGCGUCUUCAGCGUCCACGCCGGCGGCGACGAUGAGCCUGUUUACGGACUCACGCCGGCGUCCCGCCUUCUGGUCGGCUCGGGGAUGAACGUGACUCCAUUCCUGACCUUGAUGCUUGGUACUGUCUUUGUGUCUUCCUUGUUCGACCUCGGCGAGUGGUUCCGGCACGAGUUGCCGGACCCGUCCCCCUUCAAGUUUGCGCAUGGACGGCAUAUAUGGGAUCUGGCCGACCACGACGCCAGCUUCGGCAAGCUCUUCGACGACGGGAUGGUCGCGGACAGCAGUUUCAUCAUGGACGUGGUGGUCAAGGAGUGUGGCGACGUCUUCCAAGGGAUUAGCUCCCUCGUCGACGUCGCCGGCGGGCUCGGCGGCGCUACCCAGACCAUCGCAAAGGCUUUCCCGCAUGUGGAGUGCAGCGUGCUGGAUCUCCCACACGUUGUCGCCAAUGCUCCCACUGACACCGAUGUGAAGUACAUCGCCGGUGACAUGUUUGAGAGCAUUCCGUCGGCAAACUCUGUCUUCCUGAAGUGGAUUCUGCAUGACUGGAGUGAUGCCGAAUGUGUCAAGAUAUUGAAGAACUGCAAGAAGGCCAUAGCAUCUCAAGGAGGAGGGAAGGCACUCCGGCCAUACACAUAA